AUGUCAGACUCCGCGACGCGGUCCGUCAGCCCUGACUGCGAUGAUGGCGGCACCGGCAGCUUCGACCAGCGCUUCCAGUCCCACAUCAAGCCCGUCCUGGAGCUGCUGGACAACAUCCGCUCCCUCCUGCACGGGUGCGAGGGGCUCGGCGACGUGCGCGACAAGCUGCCGACGAUCGUGGUGACGGGCGACCAGUCCGCGGGGAAGUCGUCGGUCCUCGAGAGCCUGUCGGGGAUCGCGUUCCCGGUGGGCGACGGCAUCGUGACGCGGCUGCCGUGCCAGGUGGCGCUGCGGGAGGGGCCGGCGUUCCGGGCGGUGUGCACGCCACCGGAGGGCCACGGUCCGAGCGAGGCGGUGACGCUCACGGACCCGAAGGCCGUCACCAAGUGGAUCGAGGACACCACCGCCGCCGUCGCUGGCAACAAGAAGGGCGUCCUCGACAAACCCCUCAGCAUCAAGGUCGAGCGCGAGGGCUCCGCGGACCUGACGCUGGUGGACCUGCCGGGCAUCACGCGCGUCGCCGUGGACGGGCAGGCGGACGACAUCGAGGAGCAGGUCAAGCGCAUGAUCCAGCGCUACAUCUCGCGCGAGGCGGCGGUGGUGCUGUGCGUGCUGCCCGCCAACGUGGACUUCAGCACGGCCGAGUGCAUCAAGAUGGCGCGCGCGGUGGACCCCGAGGGCGAGCGGACGCUGGGCGUGGUGACCAAGGUCGACCGCGCGGAGCGGGGCAUCGUCACGCGGCUGAACGCGUUUGGGACGACGGGGUGGGCGCUGCGGCUGGGGUACGUGGCGGUGAAGAACCUGAGUCAGGACGAGCGGGCGAAGCACGGCGUCGACACGACGAAGGUGCUGGAGGUGGAGGACGCGUUCUUCAACGACGGUGUGGGGCGUCCGGCGCACCUCACGGAGCUCGCGGACCUCGACCCCGACAUGCGCGGCUUGCGCACGCUUGUGCAGAAGCUCGUGCAAGUGCAGAGCGAGCGCAUCGAGGCGUUCAUGCCGUCGCUGGUGGAGAGUCUAUCUGAUAAGCGCCUGCAGCUCGAGGCGGAGCUGGACGGUCUGUCGGAGCCAGUCAAGACGGAGGCGGAGGCGAUUCGCGCGCUGACGCUGGCAUUGGACAAGUUCACGAAGGUUGUCGGCGACAAACUGUUCGGACGGCUUGAGGCUGUCUCAAAGUCUACCGGGGCCUCUGCUGACGAUGUCGGCCCUUUUGCGUUCCUUCACAUCUGUGUGGACCAGAUGCGCAAGCAAAUCCGUCGGGCGAUUCCUGCAUAUUUCAGCAACGAAUUCGCAGACGAGAUGCGUACGGACCUGCGCAGGCGCCGCGGCCAGCACCUGCCCAACUUCGCGCCCCUGCCGCAAGAGCUCUUCGAGAAGCACUUCCACCGCCACCUCGAGAAGCCCAUCACGGACGCGGUGUCCAGGUCCUUUGAGAUGGUCAAGGGGGUUGUUGUGGGGGAGUUGGGGGUGUUCGACGACUUUCCGCGGCUGAAGGCGCAGAUUCUUCGCGACGUCGACGCGAUGAUCCAGAGGCUGCAUGCAGAAACUGCGAACGUCAUGAGUCGGCUUGUCGCGAACGAGCGGUACCCCGACACCAUGAACCACUACUACAUGGACACGGUCGGCAAGAUCAUGCGCUCGAUCGACAAGCACCGCCGCGAUAGAGCCAGCCACGAGGAUGCGGACGCGAAGCGAGACCUGCGGCAGGAUCUCUCGAGUCUGUGCUGCGACGUGGAUCCCAGUCACGAGAUUUACCUGUUGUCGGACGCAUUGAAGGAUGAAAAGCUUGAACAAAACGGCAAGGUGUUCAGCAAGCGCUGCACGAUCGCGGGGGCGAAGGUCGAAGUGACGGUGACGAGAUCGGGGGAAAAACACGUCCUCUUCCACCUGACGAACCUCUCUCCGGACCUACUGGUGUGCCGUUUCGGGGUGCACUACGAGCGCGCUGAGGAAGGUGCCAAGGGUGCCAGUUUCCCCUCCUCCAUCCAAGAGGUUUCUGCGGUCGAGCCCGGGGCCAAAUCGCAGAUGUUCUGGGUAACGCACUCUGGUUUGGAACUGAGCGACGUCAAGGACCUGCGCGUCGAAAUGGAGGUGCUGGACCCGGGACCGAAGUACGACGUGCACCAGCAUGUUUCCUUGUUCGGCGACGCCGUCCUGCAGGCGACCUCCAACGACGAGCAGGCCGCCGUCGAGCGCCAGGUGUCGAUGGCGGCGUACACCAAGCUGGUGCUCAAGGCGCUGCUGGACUGCGUGCUGAAGGAGCUGCGGACGACGCUGAUCACGGAGAGGCUGACGGGGAGCCUGUCGGAGGAGAUCCUGGCGCGCAGGCUGGAGCACGGCACGGGCCCGCUGCUCGCGGCGAUGGACAACGACCAGCUCUCCCGCAAGGUCGCGCGGCUGCGCAAGGAGAAGGCCGCCGUCGACGAGGCCCUGCGGCAGGUGAACAACUGCGCAUGGUGA